AACACAAUCACAAGAAGAUCAGUCAUUUUGCAAUAUUUCUAUCAAAAACGCAACUAAAGAGUAGUUAAUUCAAGACUGUUUGGACAUAACUUUUAGAAUUUGUUUGGAAACCAACAGAUCAUUUCAAAAUGGACAAACAUUUAUUUAAUCUAAGAUUUGCAGCUAAAGAUUUGGAGAGAAAUGCCAAGAAAUCAGAAAAAUCAGAGAAAGAUGAGAAAAAUAAACUGAAAAAGGCCAUUGCUAAAGGUAAUAUGGAAGGAGCAAAAAUUCACGCUGAAAAUGCAAUUCGACAGAAAAACCAGGCGUUGAAUUAUCGAAGAAUGGGUGCCAGGAUUGAUGCUGUAGCUCAGAGAGUUCAGACGGCCCUGACAACCAAACAAGUGACACAAUCUAUGGCAGGAGUCGUCAAAUCAAUGGAGUCCGCCAUGAAAUCUAUGAAUCUAGAAAAGGUAUCUCAGCUAAUGGACCGAUUUGAACAACAGUUCGAGAAUUUGGAUGUCCAGUCUCAAGUUAUGGAGAGUACAAUGUGUAACACUUCGACGCUGACCACCCCUCAGAACCAAGUAGACAGUCUGAUGCAGGAAGUAGCAGAUGAGGCAGGACUAGAGUUAAACAUGGAUUUACCUCAAGCCCAGGGGUCAACUAUUGGUACAGCAUCUUCAGCCCAGGCCUCCCAGGAACAGGACGAGUUAUCACAGAGGUUGGCAAAAUUACGUCAAAUGUAAAACACAAUCUUUCUUUUAUAGUCAAAUUGUCGAGAAACUAAAACUAAACCAAGAUCAAAUCCAAAUUUUAAGGAAUACAGUACUCUGGGAUCUUUUACUUGAAAACUUGAAUUGGGAUGAUUUUAGUAUUCGAGUCAUCUGAUUGGUCAAACACUACAAUCUAUUCUACAUUUAGUUUUUUUAUCCAAUCAGAUUACCUUAUGUCUUAAAAUCUGGAUUUAAUCUUAGAUAAGUUUUCGAGAAUACGGUCUCUGAUUGGUUUACUAGACUAGAUUUAAAAUCAAUUUUAGUGAUUGACCAAUCAGGUAACUGGAAUAUUAACGUGAUUGGUCUAAAGAGCUCUAAAGACUUUGUGUUCACAAAUAUACACAAAAACUUCCAGUAAGAUAUUAUAAAGGUUUUAUAAUACUACAGUAAUCUGAAGGGUUAAUUAAAAUAAAUUUGAAAUCAAUAUUUUUUGAUUGACCAAUCAGGUAACUGUGCGUUUGAAUUAUUUUUGAGUCGCUGUUGAAUCAGUUAUGAGUUACACCAUAAACCAAGACCUCUGAUUGGCUGAUUACGUUACAGUCUCUAUUUUAACCCUUUGAACACCCAGUGUUAAUAAUAUAACACGUCAUAUACCCUGAACUUCAAGUAAAAUAACUGUAUGACACUAUGUGAGGUCAAUUGAUAAUGACCGGUUGAUGUAAUAUUACGUAAUUAUGUGGCUGGUAAACUGGCCGUUAGGGUUAAGAAGAUUAACCAAUCACGGUUCUCGAUACUAGUUAGUUAGGAUAGAAGAAUGUUAGGAGUAUUUUAACUGGCUGAUGACUGUAAGUGUAAAUAUAUUGUUUAAACUAAGUUUGUAACCUUCCUAUUCUUUUUGAACAGAACAUCAUGAUUUUAGUCUAAUUACAUUAAAAUAAUGACUUUUCUAUUUUAUUUAUAAUAUACUUGUUUAUUUACUUUUUAUUAUCAACUUUCAUUUUUGUUGUUUGCUUGUAUUUAUAAUAAUGCCAAUUCAAUACAUUAAAGAGAUUGUAAAUAGGUUUUCUGAAUUCUUUAAGUGUAUCUGAAACACUGACAGCAUCGAUUCGUACCAUUCUAAUUUUUAAUCAGACGUGUGUGGUUCCUGCAAAACUAUUAAUUUUUUUUUUGCAUUUUUGCAGAAAUGUCUCUACCACAUCAUAAUGUGCUUCAAUUUUGCAGAAAACCUUUUAUGAUGUCACUAAUUGCGAAAGCUACUUAAUCGCAUAGCGCCAUUUGUAAUUAGUGGCUAAACACGAAGUUUUAGUAGAAUUACAGGAACCACAGAUGUCAGAUUGAAAAUUGGAAUUGUGCAACAUAAAAAAUUUGGAAAACCUAGUCCUUACAAUCACCUUAAACAGAGUAGAGUCUUCUCCCCUCUCCCCCCUCCCCACAAUAUCUUGUCUAAAGUUUAGGGUUAUAUUCUGAUAAAUAAAUAGAAAAGUGAAAUGUUUUGUAAAAAUGUAAAAUGAUAUAAGUUUAGGAGGUUGUUUUUAUAUAUUGUAAAUAAUAUUGUCAUUUAUCAUUAAAAUUUUAUAUCUU